AUGCCGGUUACCCGCCGUAAAAGCCGCCGAGGCUCGCUGCACCGGGCGGUCACGAUUUCGAAAGGCAGCGAACGCAGGCGGCGGUGGCAUAGGGGCACGCACCCACAACACCGAGGCGCGACAAGAGACAACCCAACACACAACACGGACAGAGGCGGUGGCGUCUCGGGCGACGGCGGUGGGGGUAAGGGGCGCGGCGUCUGGCGGUGCACCAACGGCGACGUCUACGAGGGCGAGUACAAGGCGGGUCUGGCGGAGGGGCGCGGCGUCCUCCGGUGCGCCAACGGCGACGUCUACGACGGCGAGUACAAGGCGGGUAAGUUUCGAGGGGCGCGGCGUCUACCGGUACGCCAGCGGCGAGGUGGAGUCGGGCUUCUACAAGCAGGAUGCCCCCGUCGGCGAGGGCGUCAUGUGGCUGGCGGACGGGCGGCGGGCGAAGCGGCUGCGUGA